AUGAUGGGCUGCGUAGAUGUAGCUACAGAUUUAUAUUCCGGAAUCAGUGACUCUAUUAACAAGUUUACCAAAACAGAGAACGUAUCAACCCCCACAGUAAUUCAAGAUAACAAAGAAAUAGUUGAUGCUUCCAAAAACAGAUUGAAGGAUCUAAACCAGCUCGAUAAUUCAAUUUCAAAAAUAAACGACAAUGCAGAUGCACUUCAGCACAAUCUUAAAGUUAUUGACAGAAAUGUUGGCUAUCUAUCUGAAAGUAAUGUCCGUAUAGGUAAAUUAUUGGGCGGCGUUUUGUCUAAGAUGGAAUCUAUUAUAAACCAAUUGUCAAUAAUUCCGUCGGCUAUUUCUUCAAGAAUGAAUGAGUUACUAAAAUCGGUGGCAAGUAGAUUAUCAAAUAAGCAGUAUAUGGAUGAAGGGAUGCAAAAAGUAAGCGAAUAUAUUACGAGCAUUGACCAGUGGUUCAAACUAUUUUUGGAUUGUCUUGAUCUGAAAAACAAGCUACUAACACGUACAGUAGAUAACAUCAUCGAUGUUAUUACAAGCAACGGUGCCUAUGGUUUGGCAAAUGCUCUCGAUGUUAGUUACAAAACAAAUUUGGAAGGCGCUGUGAGACAUACAUUGAAUCAUAUGCGUGGAUACUUACAAGCAAUGAAAACAGCCACGGAAAAAUCAUCGGCUGAAAUUUAUCGCUGUGACCAACAAAGACAUGUUAUAGACGACAACUGUUUCCGCUUGGAUUCUCUUUUUGGACUCUACUACGUAAAUGCCAAACAGCUCAACAAAGAUUGCAACAUUCCAAAAAACCUUAAUAUGGAAAAUGUAGUUAUAAAUCAACUAAACACGAAGUCAGCUUUCAUUAAAACUUAUACUCCAAAAUAUCAAUGUAAUGGAAGAUUACACAAUUGUACUAAUGCGGAACCGAUGUCAUUUUGUGAAUCUAGAAUAGGGACUGGGCGACGAUAUGAAUGGAUAAGUACUGAAACUGGUCCUAUGAAAAUGCAAGAUUGUCGUGGACGUUAUAUCGAUACAUUAGUCUACUCUGAUUGUGAAAAUUUAAUAUGUCAAUGUUCAGAAGAAGGACCAAAAACUCAAGCAACACGAACUAUCAGUUUGCGACCACAAUGUUCUGAUAUUAAAAAUAAUAAGGUUGUCACGAAUGUUCGACUCCGCAAGAAGGAUAAUAUUGUUCACAUACAGAUCCAGCAAGGAACACUACUAAAUGAAGGUCAUAUAAAUACAAGUACUCUGGAAUGGGUUCCGCUUGGAAAAUUCUCUCAAAUACAUUCCGACGAUGGGGAAAUAGAGUUAGUUUGGUCGAACGGCGAAAUGCAGAAAACGCUUAUUCAUGACGAAGAUUACACAUAUUUGAGUUACAAUCGUGCACAAUUAAAUCUUGAUGACAUUACGGUUGAAAAGGAUUUCAUUGUUACCGGAGUCAAGUUCAGCGCCGAAUAUCCAAAUCCAAGAGACGGGUGGAAUUCAAGUCCAAUACAAUUAGAAAUCCAUACUACGAAAUUUGAUUAUUAUGGUGGUAAACUACUUCCUGGAGAUGAUUAUGAUAGCGAUUAUUGUGAAAAUGAUGUUUCCGGAACAUUGAAGUGGAUUAAUGGAAAACAUGUCGACAAGUACAUGAACGAAAGAUAUGGAUGGCAAAGGGAAGAAUUAGAUAUGUCCGAUAAAGAUGAUCCAUUAAAAGGAAUAAACAAUAAAAUUGAUUCAAGAGCUAAUGAACAUGUGACAUUCCAACCGACAAGUUAUAGGAAAGAUUACGGACAAACGACAGUCCCAUACUUCGACUCGCGACCUGCUAUUAUAACAUCGGGUGUAGCACUUGGUGGAAUUGGUCUCACUCAUCGUGCUGCUAAAGGUUACGGCGGAUUCAUUGCACCAAAAGUCUUCACUCUUAAUCAUGUAGAUUAUAUUAAUUAUGACAUUGAUAUAAACGCCAAAGUCAGUGAAAUAGUCAACAAACUAUAA